UCUGUCGUUACAAGACAAAAACAAACCACAUGACAGUGGCAAAGACUAAACAAUAAAGAGAUACUGCGUCGAAACUUCAAAACACAGACAUUAGACUCUAUAAUGGAUUUUGUUUCCCGUUCGCUCAGCGGUAACGUUAGAUUCUUGAACGCACGAGGUCUGCCCGCUGCCACCGUCCUGUCCUGAGCGGCUUCUGGCUAAAAGCUAGCAAGCAAGCGACAUAUACGUCCGAAUCAUCUAAAUCUCGGUUAAAUCCUCACUUUGCUGUUUUUUUUUGCUGUAUCAUCUAUUAAACACUCGUAAGUAUGUCAGAUAAGCGUGACACGGAAGACGUGGCCGAGGGGAGCGGUGUCUCCGGAACGCUACGUUCGAGGGUCGGCCUCCGGAGCGGCUCGUGCUCCGGCGGGGACCGGGAGCAGGAAUGCGCGGUGAAAGCCAUGCUGCUGGAGCAGUUAGGACCGCAUGAACGCCUACUCACCUAUCUGCAGUCUGUAUUACUGUGGGAAAGACCCAUUCAUAGCGUCUUACUUUACACGUUCGCUAAUCUCGUCUUCUGGUUUUUUGCUUUGAGCUCUUUGAGGUUGCUCUUUCUCUUGGCAACAGGUCUGGCUCUCGCUGUUUGUGUUGACACCUGGAGGAAAAAAAUCUGGUCCAAGAUCAAAGUUAAAAGGCAGGAUGAGGGUGAAAAUGAAAGCUGGGGUCUGAUGCAGCCUGGGACUUUAAGUGUGGCUGAGCUAUGCCACCACAUGGCUAAACUAUGGGUUACAGGGUCUUCCUGUGCUACAGAUAUUGUGCAGUUCAAACGGCAUAGUCCAGGAAAGUUUUGCAUACUGGUUUGUGGUCUGUUCACAAUACUGGCCAUGGUGGGGCGCCACAUCCCUGGACUGGUGCUUUCAUAUGUGGCUUUGCUGGGUGUGUUGUUUUGCCCAUUGGCGUUGUAUUAUCGGCUGUGGGAGCAUGCAUGUGUGAAGCUAGAACCUGCCAUGCAGUGGCUGGAUUACAGCUCCAAAGGAUACAUGAUGUCCAAGCCUAUAGAUAACCAGUUUCUCCGUAAACCCAUCAAGAGAGGAGCCUCAGAUGAAGCCAGUGACAGUGAGGAGGAACUGGCUGCUUUCUGUCCCAUGUUUGAUGAAGCAAUGGUUGCUAAGGAACUGGCCCUGACUGACUCUGAACACUCGGAUGCAGAGGUGUCAUACAUGGACAACGGCACAUUUAACAUUUCCAGGGGUCAAACUCCCCUCACAGAAGGCUCUGAAGAUCUGGACAGGCACAGUGAUCAAGAAGAAUCAUUUGCCUGUGGGCUUCUAGACUUCCCCUCCAUCAACCCAGAUGCCACCCUUCUGGAGGAUGAUGAUGAUGCCAGCAUCGGGCUACCCAGUCUCAACUCGGCCGCUUUCUCAGGCCCUCGCGGCUCUACCUCCGCUCUUCUGGACCUGGAUGCCCAGAUGGACUCUGAUCAGGAAGAUCUUGACCCUGUGCUGUCUCUAGGCUCCAUUAUGACUUCCUCUGACCUCACGAGUAACCUGGCAGGGGUCAUCGCCAGCAAUAUGAUCCAGGCAGCGAUCGCAGGGGCCUUGCCGCCCCGCCCUCCACAAGGUCGUCGAAGAGAAAGCGCCCCAAGGGCAGGUCCUCAGAGGGGGUAUCGGAAGCAGUCAAGCUCGGAGCUGGACACAGACCUGGACUUUGAUGGAGAAGACUUUGAGAUGUUGGAUCAGUCAGAGCUGAACCAGUUAGACCCAGUGGGAGGAGGCCAGGGUGGCCAGAAUAUUACCCAGGGAGCCAGUUUUCUGUCCAAUCUGCUGGGGAAGCCACAGUGAGCCAGAUGUGUGUUUUUGUGUGUGAUACACACCCAGCUUGCAGAUACUUCCCUUGUCUGUUUUUGCCCGUACAUGUACCGACCCUUGCACCUUGAUCCAUGUAGAAGUUUGCAGUGUUUGUUUGAAUGUCUUUUGAAAUGCUUUAGAUUUUAUCUUUGAUUCUAUGAAUGAGUGAGACAGAGUAUUUGUUUUGCACUGUUAGGCCCGAUUCACAUUUUGUGUAUUUUUCUGUGCGUAUAUUCAUUAUUUUAAAUGUAGAUGUGCGCACAAAUAGGGGACAACGCUGCUUGCGAAUUUUUUCGGCGCUUAGGGGUCGCAUCAAGAUUGAAAUAGUUCAACUGUUCGGAGUGCCGCGUGUGCAUCGCGGGUCAUUUGAAGAGAGAAAGUGGCACGUCACGCAUUUUCUGGGUGGUUUUAGACUCGAAAUAUGAAUCGGGCCUUAAAGGGCUUGUCCACCCAAAAAUGAAAAAUAUGUAAUAUACUUCGCCUCUUGUUGUUCCAAACCUGUCGUUUUGUUUAGUGGAACCCUAUGAGAAAAUUUGAAGAAUGUUAACUCUCUUUUCCACACUUUUCCAAUUAAUUGGGAACAGGUUUGUUACAAGAUGAGGUUUCAUUUUUGGCUGAACGGUCGCUUUAAUGUAAUAUUAUGUUCCAGUUGCCAGGAUUCCUCCACUGGCUACAGUUGAUAUCACUGUGAAGUAAUCUUGUUUUUAGUUUGAAUACAUCAUUAUGCUCUGUGAGCUUUCCUUGUCCUCUCUCAUUUGUGUGUGAGAUUCCCAUGCGAAAGACUUAAUUUUUAUUUAAUAGACAAGCAAUAGGACAACAAUCAUAGAAACAAAUUCACUAAUCUCGUCUAUCUUAUAAACCAGCAAAGUCAACUCCAAGCCUACAUCCAAACAACAUUGAAAUCGCUGAGUCUUAUAGGUCUUUGGUAUCUGAAGCUUCUAUUUAAUGCAGGCAGCAUUAAUAAUUUCUUAGAUAAUUCACACGGGACCAAAUGAGACAUUCCACCAUCAAUGCUGCAUAAUAAUAUACAAAUAUAAAAAAGUCUGCGAGAACCAUAGUCACAUGCUAAAAACAUCACUGAACAGAAGAUUCUGAUAAAGCAACAUUGAUGUAUUAAGAUCAAAGACUUCUCCCGUGUUAAGAUUUGUUUAAAGCACUGGGUUUUAAUGGCUGUCAGUUUUUCUUGCUUUGACGUACAUAGACACCUGAGUUUUCUCUUGCAUUUAUUUUUUAAUGCUAACUACACAUUUUGUAACCGGCUCUGUCUGUUGGCCAUUGGAAAUGCAAUUAGAAAAAAGUCAUAUAUUACAAUUUAUCCAAAGAUUAUAUCAUCUUUUAUUCAUUGGCAUAUAAUUUAAGACGCAAUGUGGUUUGAAACAGAGAAAGUAGUCAAGACCCAAGGUUUUACCCACAAUGACAUUUAUGUGUAAGUUCAUACUGUUAGCUUUUUUGCAUCAUUAUAUAAUUCUUGAAUUACUACAUUUCGAUAGCUCUUUCCUACAUUUCAAAAGUUUGCUUUUGUUUUGAACAGCCAAUAUACAGUAUACUGUUGUCCAAUAGCUUUGUUUUAAUCUUUUUUGACUCCGUGUAAAUAGGGAAUAAAAACACAAAACUUUAAAACUCACCACCGCUGUUGACCUGGCUUGUCUGGCAGUACAUUGAUUUGUCUGAAGGACUCUACCUCAAACUUAGCCAUCUAGCUGUAACUGCCACGUGUCUGUCUCUUUAAACACACCUGUAACAGUUUUGAUCGAUACAGGUAGCAGCAGAGAAAAUGGAUCACCUUUCUGCCACUGAGAUGUCUCAUCUGGUAUGAGAUGUAGACUAUUGUCCAUCAUUCAGUAAAGUGCAAAGAUUUUCUUCAUGACCAGGUUUUUUUUUGUGGUAUGAUGGAACUGCUAAAUAGUCGAAUUUGCAGUUUCAUUUGCUAUUUCAUUUCUUGUAUGCUGACAUUUUUCUGUACCCCUCCUCACAAGUUCAGUUUUUUCUGACCCAAUGAUGAUGAGUCCCACACGAUUGCUGUCUUUUAUCAUUGUGUCUGCUGGAAAUUAGAAAUUAUGGAGUGAUUUCUCUGAUUUAUAGUGCACGGAAUGCAAAUCUAUAUGAUUUGGUUUUGAUUUAAUUUAAUAGGACGAAAACAUUUUAAUGUAAGUAUUGUAGGAUUCUGGAAGUGUGUAAUGAAGCAGCUUCUCUUUAUCAACUUAAGUGAUGCUGCAUAUGUACAGUUUGUCAAUUCUUGCUGUACCAGUGUAUGUUUAUUACAGACCCCAAUGUUUUCCUUCGUCCCACCGAUUUGAUAAAGAUUAUAAGAAUAAAGCAUCUAUUGGAGUGGAA